AGAGCACAAGGACACUGGCAGCACAGAGAUCUUUGAAUCACUAGCUCCGGCCUGUCAACAGGUGGCAGAGGAAGAAAUCUGGUGAGUGACGUUCAGUCCCUUCGAGAAAAGAUUAAGAAUAAGAGGGUGAAGGAAAAGAAAGCAAGAAAAAAGCCUCAAGGUGGCCUACCUGAUGGCGCUUUUCCACUAGCACCUACUCAGCCCGACUCGCCUCGGCGCGGCUCGUCCCGGCUCCACCCGUUUUGUCCUCGUUUGUUUUUCCACAGCCAGAAAUGACCACUAGACUUCUAUGGAGGGCCCUGUGCUUACUGGGCCUACUAUGCAGCCUGACUGUCAGCGUGAGCUCCACGGACAAUCAGCCAGAAUCGUCAACCUCAGAGCAAGAACUCACCUUCAGCCACGUCUAUAAGAUUGACAUCCCUGGGAACUCUGGCUGCACACUUGAACGCCUGCAAUCCACAGAUGAAACAGGUCUUCAGAAGGACAGGACAGUAAAUGGAGAGAAUGACAUUGUCUUCAAACACAACAUUCGGCUUCAGCCACCAAAGUGCGAUUGUGAUGAGUCGGAAAAUUUCAAGUCUCUGUUGUACAGAGUCAAUGGACUGGAAGAAGAAGUGAACUACUUAAAAACUCAGUGUACUCAGGGAUGCUGUGGAAAAGGAGGUGCUGCAGGUGUAGACACAAGCUGUAGUGGCCAUGGUACUUAUCAAGGUGACACCUGCAGCUGCCUGUGCAACCCGGGAUGGGAAGGCCCAGACUGCUCUGUGUCCUCCUGCCCGGAUGAGUGCAACGACAACGGCCGAUGCGUAGACGGGAGAUGUGUGUGCCAUCAAGGCUACACGGGAGAAGACUGCAGCCAGCUGAUGUGUCCGAACAACUGCAAUGACAAGGGACAGUGCGUUGAUGGAAAAUGCGUGUGCUUCGCACAUUUCACUGGUGAGGACUGCAGCAUCCCAGCGUGCCCUAACGACUGCGGUGGCAGUGGCCAGUGUGUAGAUGGCCAGUGCAUCUGUGAGGAAGGCUUUUUUGGGGAAGACUGCACCUUAGUCUUCGGACCCCAAGGUCUGCGGUUGGUCCAGGUGACUGACAUCUCUCUCCUGGUUGAGUGGGAAUCUGUCCCAGGGGCAGAAUAUUAUGUGUUGACAUAUCAUCCCAAAUAUGAUGAGGGUGCCAUGGAGAAGAUUCAGAUUUCCAACACAGAGAACUCCUACCUCAUCACGGGACUGAUUCCAGGGGUGACCUACGUGGUCCAAGUGUAUACUGUCAUCAAAAGCAUCCAAAGUGAAGCAGACGUGAUUGAAGCCACCACAGAUGUCUCCACUAUUGAUGAUAUGCGAGUGCUUGGCCAGACAGAGGUCUCUAUCCAAGUGGACUGGAAGAACCCGCCGGCUGAAGUGGAUUAUUUUAGGCUUACACACACUGACCCGUCGGGACAGGAGGAGGAGCUGAAUGUACGGAGCAGCCAGGAGGCACGCACCAAACACACUAUCGUAGGUUUGUACCCAGGAACUGAGUAUCAGAUCUCCGUCCAGGCCAUCAAAGGGAACACAGAGGGGAAGGCUUCUUCUGCCACAGGUGUCACAGACAUCGAUGCUCCAAAUAACCUGGUCACCACUGAAGUAACAGAAGACACUAUAAGAGUGUCCUGGGACCGGGUCCAGGCUGACAUAGAGGGCUACAUGCUGAGCUACAUCUCUGCUGAUGGAUCCAGUCCAGAGAUCCCAGUAGGACGUGACAGCACCUCAUACAAGCUGGUGGGCUUGAGGCCCGGCGUGCUCCACACCGUCUACAUCUGGGCCUUCCAUGGGGACAGAGUCAGUGCGAAGAGUUCAACUGAAGCUGAAACAGAACUGGAUGCUCCCACUAACCUCUUGGUGCAAGAAGAGACAGAGUCCAGCUUCAGGGUAAACUGGGAUCCCACACAAGCAGAAAUUGAUGGAUACAUGCUGACUUAUAGCUCUUCUGAGGGCUUGAGUGAGGAAAUCCCAGUUGGAUCUGACAGUACAUCAUAUAUGCUGACCGGCCUGAGGCCGGGGGUUGUCUAUACCAUCUACGUCUGGGCCAUCAAGGGGAGCAAAGCAAGCAAGAAGACGUCAACGCAAGCUGAGACAGAACUGGAUGCUCCCGCUAACCUCUUUGCCCAAGAUGAAACACAGUCCAGCUUCAGGGUGACAUGGGAUCCAGUCCAGGCAGAAAUUGAUGGCUACAUCCUCACCUACUCCUUCCCUGGUGGUUCUAGUGAAGAAGUGUCUGUGGGGCCUGAUAGCAGCUCCUAUACUCUGACUGCUUUGAGGCCUGGAGUUCUCUACACUGUCUUUAUCAGGGCCAUCAAGGGGAGCAAAUCCAGCAAGACGGUCUCGACACAAGCUGAGACAGAACUGGAUGCUCCUGCUAACCUCUUAGCUCGAGAUGAAACAGAGUCCAGCUUCACCGUGUCCUGGGAGCCUGUCCAAGCAGAAAUUGAUGGUUACAUCCUAACCUAUAGCUCCUCUGCGGGCUCAAGUGAAGAAAUCCCCAUCGGGCCUCGCAUGACCUCUUACUUGCUGACAAGCCUGAGGCCUGGAUUGCUGUACACGGUCUACGUCUGGGCCAUCAAGGGGGAGAAAAGGACCGAGAAGAUUUCCACAGAAGCUGAGACAGAUAUAGAUUCACCGAAGGACCUGAAGGCUUCGGAUGUGAGAGCGGACUCUGCGUCUUUGACUUGGACUGCUCCUCUGGCAGACAUAGAUGGUUAUGUCCUCACCUUCAGAGAUGAAGAUGGUAACAUGGAGACUGUUGAAAGGCAGCUUGGAGGCAGAGAGAACAGCUUUAUUGCAUCCAGCUUGGAGACAGGGAAGCGGUACAUAGUGACCAUUGUUGCCUACAGAGGCUACAAGAGGAGCAGAGUGGUGGAGACCGUCUUCACAACAGUUGGUCUGCUCUACCCCUUCCCCAUGGACUGUGUUCAGAUACUGAAGAACGGCAAUAAAAAGAGUGGCAUCUACACCAUCUACAUUAACAACGUCCGCUCCAAACCCAUUGAGGUCUUUUGCGACAUGGACACUGAUGGAGGCGGCUGGCUGAUGCUUCAGCGCCGUAAUUCUGGCAAACUGGACUUCAUGAAACGCUGGAGGCAGUACAUCGCAGGUUUUGGCAACAUGACAGACGAGUUCUGGAUUGGUUUGGAUCAUAUCUAUGAGCUAACAAACACUCCCACUCAGUAUGAACUGAGGUUCGACUUGGGCCUGGGCUCAGAGAGGGUCUACGCUGUUUAUGACAACUUUAAGAUUGCACCAGUGAGGCAAAAGUUCAAACUCACUAUUGGCAAAUACAGAGGGAACGCAGGUGAUGCUAUGACCUACCACGAUAACCGGCCCUGGACAACCGUUGAUUCAGAUAAUGACAUCGCCCUGGGCAACUGUGCCCUGACCCACCGCGGAGCCUGGUGGUACAAAAAUUGUCACUUGGCCAACCUCAACGGAAAAUGGGGUGAUAGCAGGCACAGCGGGGGAGUGAACUGGGAACCAUGGAAGGGCCAUCUAACGUCCCUCGACUUCACCGAGAUGAAGAUCCGACCUCUGGGAGCCAUGUCCAGCCGGAAGAGGCGAUCUCCCAUGGCCAGAGAGAAAAGCAGAUCCUCAAAUGCCCACAAGAAAUAAAAGUGACAACUGCUUCCAUUAAGUUAAUCACACUAGAUCUUGGUGUUUCUGUAGAUUUGUUAAUACAAAUGUCUGACUACACCAUAGUUCUUAUUGAUAUGUCCCUCAACAUGUAUACAAUUUUUUGAGACAUGAGAGAAAAAGCUCAGCUCAUAUCCAGUGAUAAUUUAUUGGUUUGUAUUAGAAUUACAAAUUUCAAGGUUUUGUGUGAUUAUAGGAAGUCAUCAAACAAGGAACUGCCUUUUGAAUUGUUAUCAAAUGAUGUUGAACAUCAACGACUUUACUCUGCCAGUCAUGAGGCUAUUGUAAUUUUCGAAAGGUUUUCACCGGUUCUGGUAGAAACCUGGAAUAUAAAUCAGGAAACAUUAGAAGGAAAGCAAUAACUUUUUCUCCCGUUUAAGCCUUAAAAAAAAAAAAAAAAAUCAAGGUAGCACCCGUUUUACUUGUAUUAUGUUUGUUUCAUGUCUUUGUAAAAACUAAAUGUAUAGGAGUUCUGACUUUAGACCAUUAAUGUGUGGGGAAAAUUCAAAAAUGGUUUCUGAGUUUGAUUAAUGGAUCGGAUGGAGGCUGCAGGAAUCGGUGCCCUUUGUCUAUUGAUUAUGAAGGUCUUUGUCACAUUAAGCUGGCUCCAUUCUUCCAUCACUGUCACACCAAACCAAGGAAUACUAUGCAAUGCCUAACUUUAGUAGCCAAACAGGCCCUGAUUUAAAUUCACAUGAUGCGGACAGCUCAUAUCAAUCAAUGUAAGGUGACCGUGCAUCAAAUGUCAAUAAGAAUGAGGUUUGUUUGCAUCAUCUUCAGGAAGUCAUCGACUAAACUUAUGUUUUUCAGUAUGGAAAGCUGAUAACAGUCAUUAAUGCUGCAUUGACUUUGGCUUUAGUUAAUUACAUGUCUUUUGUACUCUUAAUACAAACUCAGUUUAUGGUAUGUGACAAGGAUGGAGCACAUCAAUCAACCCUUCAUUGAAUCUGUGAGAAUUGAUUUAUAGUUGCUGCCCUUCAUAUUUUUUGUGCUCUUGCCAAAACAAAAAAAAAGCCUUUUCAAGAUGUCACAGCACGUAAGACUUUACUUAAGCCAACUAUCAAUCAGAAAUUAAGAAGUCAGAAAUAAUGACCUUCACUUAAGGAUUAAAAUUUGUCAUGUAUUAAUAUUUCCUUAACUAAUUGUAUCGUCAAACUGACAUUAUACUUGCUUAUUCACGACGCCAUUUUUUUCCUCCUGUUGACAGAGUGUGGAAAGUACGCAUUGCUUCUUUUUUUUUGCUCUACUGGUUUUAAUGAAGUAGUUUGUAUGUUAUCAUGGAAAUGACAGGGAAGAUGGCAUAUUUUUUUUACUAUGACUGUAAGUGGAUAAGCAAAAAAAAAAAAAAAGAAAUCAAGGGCACAGCAAUAUCGUUGAGCUAAGUAAUUUAAGUUCCCAUAAUGUCAUUAACCACAUUCAUUAAUAUAACUUCUGGCCUUUUUAACACAACAUAAAGCAGGCAUUUCCUGAAGAUACAGCAUAUGUUGCUGUUAUUCUUUUCUGUACAUGAUGAUGCAGGAGGAAUGACCCACCUCCGGCUUCCAGCCUGGUGCGGUUUUCUCCUGGCAGGAUCCAAAGCAUCAGAGAAUUCCCUACGCCUCGAAUGUGGAAGCCAGUUUCCGGCAGGGCUUGGAAACUUCCUCUGAGCAGCCUCUUGACAACAAUGUGGAGUCCACAGGUUGUUUGGUCCCAUUUUUCAUUUUUAUACAGCAGCUGCAGAUGCAUCCAUUCAUGGCCCUGCAACACUGACAAUUUACAUUUUCAUAUCCUACGUUUGCUACUUUAUACGUGUUAAAUAAACUUUAGUUGGACCUAAAAGUA